ACAUAAAACAGCUGUAGUUUGUGUAUUGCAUUGUUUAAUUUCAACACUUUGUUAACCAUGUCGCUUGUCGCCUAUGCCGCCAGUUCUGACGAAGAUUCGGAAAACGAGGAGAAAAACCAAGGGCCAGAAGUAGAACUGGUGAAACCUCAGGCCGAGCCAAACAAAAUUACCUCCAAUGAGGCGCUUCUAGAACCUGCAUCAACCAGUGGUCACAUUAGCGAUGAAGACGACGAUUACGUGCCGCAAGAAGUGUCCUUGCAGGAACUUAAGACGUCCACCAGCAGACUUUCAAUGGCUUUACCAAAGCCUAAAGUCACUGCUCUUGCAGAGGACGCAGAAGAAGACGAUGUGGAACAGUUAGUGACUCCUGCCUUUGCCAAACUACCCAUGCCACGAACAGCAGCGCCAACAAAUAGCAUCAUAGAGGAGAAAGAUGAUGAAUUCCUGCACAAAAAGGCGCUGCCAGUUGAAAUAGAGAGACCCCCACCGCCGCCAGUUAAAGGACGCGUCAAGAUCAGCAUACCAUCUCUGCGGGAGUUCUCGGAUGUGGACCGAGAGAAGGCUGACAAGGCCAAGAGCAAAGUGGACAAACCAAAUGUUCCCAAAGGAUCGGGACUACUGAGUCUGCUACCCCAGGCAAAGUCAGAGCGAAAUUUCUCCAAGAGCUCGGCAUCUGUGGCAGCCACUCCAACAGCAAGCACCAUACCUGCUCCUAAAGCAACAAGUGCUCCCGUCCAGUCUCGAUCCACCCCAGCUUUUGUGCCCGAUACAGUAAAGCAGCGACGGGCGGCGCACAACACUGAAGGUGUGGAUGGCCCUAAGGCUGUCCAAAAGAAGAAUACUGAAGGAAAUGAUGCCUCGAAACCGUUUCAAUCCAAACCUAAAGCUAAAAGCACUUCCCUGGUGACUGCCAGUGAAAGUGAGGACGACGAUGAGGAUGGCACUGGAGACUUCUUUUCCCUGAAUUCCGAACAAAAGCUGCCCGAGGUAAGCAGCAACGAGAUCAGCGCCCUAGUGGCCAAGCGGGCAGCCAAGAUGGUGCAAGCCAGUAGCAAAUAUCUUGAGGAGAUUGCCGAGAAGGAAGCCGCAGAAGCAGAGGCCGCUCGACUCGAGGAGGAGCAGACGCAGCAGGCACAAAAGCGAUAUCAUGAGCAGCAGUUAAACUCCGAGGCCAUGGACGCACUGGUGGGCAAAAAUGCCAAGCGGCGGCGGAAGGAAGCCAAGGAGAUGCAGGUGAUCGACAUUACCGGGUCACAGGUACUGCCUGAUCGUGAGGAAUGGAUGCGAACGGCAUUGGCUUCGUCCACCACCUUCCAGCCCACCGGAGUGCUGACAGACGAAGAGCCGGUGGCAGGGACGCGGCGCAAGCACCAGAUCACCUACCUGGCUCACAAGGCCAAGGCAAACGAAGCCGAACUGCAGGCGAUGUGGUCAGCCAAUCGGCAGUCCCGUCGGGCCACCCAAAGCAAAUACGGCUUUUGAGUUUCCACUUUAUGUACACCUAAUCCUAAAAUACAUGCUUAAUUCUAAAUUA